ACUUAAAAUCCAAGUUUAAGUCUUAGUAGUAAUUAGCAACAUGAGCAGUUAGACGUCAUUGCACUUUUUCAAUGGUUUUGUGUCUGUACGUCUAGAAGAAAUACAAAUAGUUUAAAAUGAUUUUGCAUAAUGAUUUUAAAACGUCUGUAUUAAAUAUCACGUCCAAGUGAUUUAGAUGUCAUCUUCAUAAACAAACAGAUUUUAUUCCCGGCUUUUUAAUUGGCCAACUGUCCAUCAUGAGAAUUCUGGGUAGUGAAGUCUUUCUUCCUUGUUAUUAUCACGUGAUGCUAACUGUAGCAGCAGCUCUGUAAACAGGCUUUACCAGCUAACAUGAUGCAGGGGAAGACUGUGAUAGUGACGGGAGCGAACAGCGGGAUCGGGAAAGCUACAGCAGCGGCGAUUGUGAAGCUCCAGGGCCGGGUGAUAAUGGCCUGUCGGGACCAAACCAGGGCCGAGGAGGCUGCCCAGGACAUCCGCCAGGAGACCGGGGCAGACGGCAGACAGGUCAUGGCCAAACAGCUGGACCUGGCCUCCUUGAGGUCUGUGCGCUCCUUCUGUGAAGACAUUAUAAAGGAGGAACCUCGGUUACAUGUUCUGAUCAACAACGCUGGAGUCUACCAGUGUCCUUACACCAAAACAGAGGACGGCUUCGAGAUGCAGUUCGGGGUCAACCACCUCGGUCACUUCCUGCUUACCCACCUGUUGAUGGACCUCCUGAAACGCUCAGCACCCAGCCGCAUUGUGGUGGUCUCCUCCAAGCUUUACAAACACGGUGACAUUAACUUCGAAGACUUGAACAGUGAGCAGUUCUACGACAAGGCCUUUGCCUACAGUCGUAGCAAACUGGCAAACCUAUUGUUCACCUGCGAGCUGGCCCGCCGUCUGGAGGGCAGUGGAGUAACAGUGAAUGCUCUGACUCCAGGUAUCGUGAGGACUAACCUGGGACGGCAUGUGCACAUUCCGGUUUUAGCAACGCCCCUUUUUAACCUGAUCUCCCGGGGCUUGUUUAAAAGCCCGGAGGAAGGAGCUCAGACUUCGGUGUAUUUGGCCUCAAGCCUGGAUGUUGACGGUGUGCAGGGAAAGUGCUUUGCAGAUUGUAAGCCUCUGGAACUUCUGGAUAAGGCCACAGAUCAGGAAGUGGCAUCAAAACUGUGGGACAUCAGUGAAGUCAUGGUGGGCAUAACGACUUGAGAACUGUCUGAGAUGUGCACGUUUUUCUUAGCAGGGUAAUGACUGAAACUGAAAUAUAUGCAAUGCCUUGGUUACAUUUCCUUAACUUUUAGUUGUGGUGUUGAAAUAUCAAAAUGCUUUCUAUGUUUAUGGAGAUGUUUGUAUCCAUUUACAUGGUGGUUUGUUUGCAGUAUCUUGUUUCAGGUGCUAGAAUCUCUGUUUCAGUUCUUUUUAAGUAAACUCCUAAGAUCAAAUGUUUAAAAUGUAACCUUUCUAACAGAGCUGUAGUAAUGAGUGCCCUGAGUUUCACUAGAAGUUGGAGGCCUGUAGAUUUUUUUUAUACUUUCUCUACAUUUUAUGUGUAAACCUUGAAAUAACAUUGCUGGGAUGUCCAUUCCUGAGAAGACUGACAGCUUUCUUGAAUGUUUUAAAAUCGUUCUUUCUGUAAAAAAUUGACUUUAAAUACUUUGGAUAUGACCUUGUAACCCGUCUCUUAUCAAUCAACAGCAACAGUUGCUACUCUGUUGUUAUUGCUGAUGUUUUUCCACACUGUUCAAAUUCCUCUUUUUAUAGAGAUGGCCACAAAGACAAUGGCUGGUCAAUCGAUACAUUUAAUCAGGAGCACCUGGCUGGUUUGUUCCCUCUUAAAUCUUCUAGAAGCAGCAAGGGUGGGCUGGCCCAUGCUUUUUAUGCAGGUGCACAUAACAGAAUAAUUCUUAUUUACUUGCUUCAUUAGCAGCCUCCCUCAUCUAUACACACCCCUAGAGGUUUGGAGAGGUUUUGCCUGUGGAGGGUCGCAUUUCAGAUAUCACUUUUCCCCCAGCAGGUUAGUUAGGCUUCAUUCAGCCAUACUGGUUGCUCUAAAAACCGGUCAUUAGCUGGGAAUGUUUGCUCUCCAAGUCACCCGAAAACAGCAGUUUUUUUUUUUUUUUCCAAAUGGUAGCGGGACCUCCAGGAUUCAUGACUUUCCCACCUGUAUUGUUCAUUAGGACAUUUUCUGGAUCAUUUAUGGUUAGCUGGAAAACGAAGUAGAAACACAAAGGCAGCCACUUUAUCAACUUCAUCUCACACACAAUGCUCCUGGGCCACUUUUUAAGCAGCUCCAGUCUAUUUGUUUUACAAAUGACUCCAAUUAGUGUAAUUACAGAAUCUGAUGUUCUUAAUGGGCACUGUAAUAUUGAUAGGACCUUGAAUGCUACUUUAGAUCUGAGUAUUUCAGUCAGGCUCCUUAUCCAACACAUAAUGGAUAAAUUAAAGGAUCACUAUGUCUGUU